AACCGUCAGUUUCAAUAUCUGUCUGUCUUGUUUCAUUAAAAAUGUUGAAAAAGUUGUUCGUGUUUAACGAUCUUCCCGAAAUCCCUGGAUUAGAAGAACUAGAUGUUAAUUACUACGCGGGAAGUAAAAUAUUUUACGUCAUAACGCUCAUAUGGCCGGGUCAAAAUCGUCUUUUGCAAUAUUUCGGAAGAUUUGUGAUAGCAUUAAAUUUUUCUUUCGUUAUGACUCUUCAAUUACAUACCGCUUAUAAUGCACUUCAUCCACCGAUCAACUGGGAAUUUGCCAUACAAAAUUUAUUCGAAAUAAGUUUUGUUUCGAUGAUGUCUUCUAUGUACUACAUAUUUUGUUCUAUGGAGCAGGAGGUACGAGCUUUCACUUUGAUGACUGUAAAUUUUUGGAAUAGCAUAACGGAACCCGAACAAAAAGACUUUAUGAAAAGCAUGAGCCAAUUUCAUUGCAAAAUAACGAUAGUCGUUAGAGGUUUGAUGAUGAAUUUUUAA